GUCGAUUCGGGAGGCGCCUCCCCCCACUUGCGCCGGGCGCGCCAACCGCCACACCCCCGCGGCGUCCUCCAGAACCUUCCGAGCCCCGCGCUCUAGAACGUUCCAUUCCCCUCCUGACCAGUCUCGUAGUACAGAGAGGUAAAGCUGCCUGGUAUUUAGCGCCGCCGCCCCCCGCGGUUAGCAGGGGCUUCUCUUCCCGCGCGCGCCGCGCCACGCACCCGGCGUCGCUGCGUCACUGUAGCAGCGUCAGCGAGCGGCGACUCUUGUUGGUUCUCGGGAUCGCCAGCGCUCUGGAUUCGACGAUCGCAGCAGCAGCGGAAUUCGCCUGGGGAUCGUUUGGGUUGGUUGGCGGCGGCCGGUAUAGUGGCACGAUGGACCCGCUGCUGCCGGGGGUGGUGACCGUGAAGGAGGAGUGGCCGCCGAGCUCGCCGCCGCCGGAGGAGGAGGUGGAGGACGUGGACGCGGCGGGGGCGCCGCGGCCGAUGGAGGGGCUGCACGAGGUCGGCCCGCCGCCGUUCCUGACCAAGACGUUCGACCUGGUGGCCGACCCGGCCACCGACCAGGUCGUCUCGUGGGGGCGCACCGGCAACAGCUUCGUCGUGUGGGAUCCUCAUGUCUUCGCCGCCGUGCUGCUCCCGAGGUUCUUCAAGCACAACAACUUCUCCAGCUUCGUCCGCCAGCUCAACACCUAUCUAGAUGGAUCAAGACACCACAGGGAUGAAGCAACAAGAAAGAAACUGGGUUUCAGAAAGAUCGAUCCAGACAGAUGGGAGUUCGCGAACGAAGGUUUCCUGAGGGGCCAGCGGCAGCUCCUGCGGCUGAUCAAGCGGAGGCGGCCGCCGUCCUACCUCCCCGGGCCCCAGCACCAGCAGCAGGCCGCCCUGGGCUCCUGCCUGGAGGUCGGCCAGUUCGGCGGCGGCCUGGGCGAGGAGAUGGACCGGCUGAGGCGCGACAAGAGCAUCCUGGUGGCGGAGGUGGUGAAGCUGCGGCAGGAGCAGCAGAGCACGCGGGCGGACAUGCGGGCCAUGGAGGAGCGGCUGCGGCACGCGGAGCAGAAGCAGGUGCAGAUGAUGGGGUUCCUGGCGCGGGCGCUGCAGAACCCGGACUUCUUCCAGCAGCUGGCCCAGCAGCAGGAGCGGCGGAGGGAGCUGGGGGGCGCCCUGUCGAGGAAGCGGCGGCGGCCCAUCGGCGCCGCGCCGGUCGAGGAGGCCCCGCGCCCGCGGCAGGACGACGAGGACGAGCCGCCGCUGCUGUUCCAGGCGGGCGGCGGGUUCGAGGCGGAGCCCGGGGCCUCGGAGCUGGAGAAGCUGGCGCUCAACAUCCAGGGCCUCGGGAAGCGGAGGCAGCAGGACGAGAAGCAGGCCCCGGGCGGCGGCGGCGAGACGGCGGAGCUGACGGACGACUUCUGGGAAGAGCUGCUGAGCGAAGGGAUGAUGGGCGGCGGGGGUGCCGGCGCCGGCGCCGCCUGAGCUGGAGACUAGGAGGCAGCGGCCGGGGCGGUACGUGGACGCGCUGGCGCAGAAGCUGAGCUCCAUGAGCAAUAGCGCGGCCAAGUAGGCGGCGCAUCACGUAAAUUCAUGGUUAAAGAAAAAAAAGUAGUAACAAAAAGUUGACCAUCCGAUUCAUCCAUUUGUUGAGGUAGUGUUACUGUACAUUGUGUAACUAUAGGUAUAGUGCCGCGUCGUAGCGAUGAUGGCCGGCGCCAGGCGCCAGCCGCCAGCCGCCAGCCGCCAGCGUGUUUCGGAGCCGCUGGACCUUGCUUGUAGAUUUGUAGUAGCGUAGCGCGUACAUGAGGCACGAUUCUUACAGUGAUUAAUUAUUAGUAGCAUUCUUUUAGCUCC